AUGACCGACAACAUCACGAAGCCACUCCGCCGUCUCUCCCAACUCGCCGGCUCUCUGACCGGCUUGACCACCAUGGCUGGCCCUGAGAUCCCUUUCGAUCCCAACAGCACCACCUUCCCCCGCCGCGCCGACGUCCCGCUCCUUCCCGGCGCCCCCGAAGGCGCCUGCUGGGUGUGGGGCCCGUCCGACAACCUCGGCCGCCUCAACCUCCUGACGCCCACCCGCAUCGCCGCCGCCGCCAAGGCAAGCAUCGUGACAGGCGAGUCCGCCCGCCUCGACCUCCCGCUGCACGUCCCCGCACAACCCGCCUUCGGGCGCCGCGUCUUCGAGCACCGCAUCAAAGCCAUCCAUGAGGGCGUCGCCUACGACGACGAAUACACGCUCAACACGCAGAGCGGCACGCAAUGGGACGGCUUCCGGCACGUGGCGCACAUGCCGACGCAAACCUUCUACAACGGGGGCAAGGCGGGGGAUUUCCGGGGACCCAAAGGGGACGAGGAACCGGCGGGGAAAGGGGAGGAUAACUUGAAGAAUAGCACGCAUUGGUGGAGUGAGGGGCGCGGGUUUGCGGGUCGCGCGAUCCUGUUGGAUUAUAGGAGGUACGCGGAGGGGAAGGGGAUCAAGUAUGACACGGCGACGAGCCAUGCCAUUACUCUGGACGAGUUGCGCAGGUGUGGCGAGAGUCAGGGGCUGGACAUCAGGCCGGAGAGUCAGGGUGGGGAUGUGAAGCCGGGAGAUAUCUUUUUGAUUAGGACCGGGUGGACCCAGGAUUACUAUGCGCGGAGUGACGAGGCGAAUCGGCGGUUCGCGCUGCGGGAGGGGGGAGAGCAGAAGUUGGUGGGAGUCGAGCAGAGCGAGGAGAUGAUCGAUUGGUUGCAUGACUGCUGGUUUGCCGCCGUGGGAGGAGAUCAGCCGGCGUUCGAGAGGUGGCCCACGCCAGAGAAAUACCUGUUGCAUGAGUAUUUGUUGGCCCUGUGGGGGUGUCCGAUUGGAGAGAUGCUGGAUCUGGAGAGGGCGGCCGAGGUUUGUGCCCGGUUGAAGAGGUGGACGUUCUUCUUUACGUCGGCGCCUGCGAGGUGUGAGGGCGGAGUGGGGAGUCACGUUAACGGUACGGCAAUCUGGUGA